CCGCUCUUCUACUCCCCAACCACAAGUAUAGCACGCACCCCAUUUCCACCAUCAAACCAUCCACACCAUUGGUAAGUAGCAUCAAUCUACAUACUGUGCUGUAGACGAGCCGCCCAUCCGGACCGUUCACAACGAUGCACUCGCAUUGACAUCGCUCGUACAUCGCUCAGGCAGCCCCGGACCCAAACGUCCAGCCAUGUCCACACCCGUCUCCUCCGCCCCUCCCCCGCACCCUCCCCCGCCCACAAUAACCGUGCUUUACUUCGCGGGGGCCUCCACCGCGACCGGGCUCACCACCGAGUCCGUCGCCCUUCCCUCCGCACAAUAUCCGCUCACCGACCUUGCUGCACUCCUCUCGGCCCGGCAUCCCCACGCAGGCCUCGGCGCGAUCCUCGCGCAGAGCAACUGGGCCGUGGACGAGGAGAUGGUGGACGACCCCGCGGUGGUCGUCCUGCGGGGCGGGGAGGAGGUCGCGGUGAUCUGCCCGGUAUCUGGUGGAUGAUGAGAUGAGAUGGUGAGAUCGACGAUGGGAGGCUUGGGGCCUCUUGGGGCGUUGUUGGCCGGCGGUGGCAAGCUAGUAGCAAAUCUGAAUCUGCCGGCGCGAGGACCGAGGAACGUUCGUACUAGUACUCAUGACAGCCUGAGUCUACUUC